AUGAUAAGAACACAGGCAUGGCUCGACUCACAUGGUCUUAAACUUGCAGCAGAGAAAACCGAGCUAAUACUCCUAACUAAGAAGCAUAUUCCCUUAGAAGUGAGCAUGAAACUGACCGGCAUUACAUUAAAGACACAAAGAGUAAUAAAGUACUUAGGUGUAAGGCUAGACCCCAGGCUAACGUAUUGGGCACAAAUGCAGCACGCAGCCGCAAAAGCAGCAAAGGCAACGGCUUAUCUAAGCAGAUUAAUGGCCAAUAUUGGUGGACCGACCCAAAGUAAAAGAAAACUUCUAAUGUCCACAACCUUGAAUAUUUUGCUAUACGGAGCGGAGAUCUGGGCUGACACCCUACAGAAAAAUAACCGUUGCAAGAUACUCUCCAGAGCCCAUCGCACUGCAGCUUUAAGAGUAGCCUCUGCGUACCGUACAGUGUCCGGCGAGGCAAUACUCGUGAUAAGCGGAACGGUUCCCAUUGAUCUACUAGCAGCCGAGCGCAAGAAAAUGUGGGAGCUUAAGGCGCAAACGAAACCAAGUGACAUCGAAAGGGAAAGA